UAUCCCAAAUAUAAACUUUCUUUUUUUUUUUUUUUUCUUUUCCUUUUUCUAUUCCAUCCUGGUCAUCAUAAUCAACAGUAUUUAGUAUUUGUUGUUACUUGGACAGCUAGCUAGAACAAUGGCGUCGCGAAACGGGGUCGUGUUUGAGGACUUCUUCCCGACCAUGGUCGAGAAGUUAGGCACCGAAGGGUUCAUGAAAGAGCUGUGCAAUGGAUUCCACUUGUUGAUGGACAAAGAGAAGGGCGUCAUAACGUUCGAGAGCUUGAAGCGGAACGCCGCGUUGCUUGGACUGCAAGGCAUGGGCGAUGAAGAGAUAAUGUGUAUGAUCAAAGAAGGCGAUUUGGACGGUGAUGAAGCUCUCAACGAGAUGGAGUUUUGUACUGUCAUGUUUAGGCUAAGUCCCGAUUUGAUGAAAGCCUCAAGGGGAAUGCUGGAGGAUAUUGCUGCUAGUGAUUAUUAGUGUCUUCUUAUAGAUUUUAUUCUUUGAAUCAGCCGUGGCAUAAUUUUCGAUCUUGUUUUCCUAGUACUAUGUAUCAA